GCAGUUUAGCGCUGAAAAGUUUCCGGGAAGGUCCCGCAAUACGGCGCAAAUUUUCCGGGGAUCGCGAAAACUUUGUGGCAUUUAGAAACGACGAUUUGUUUCCGGAAAAUCUGAUGCGUUUAAUGUUGUGCAGUUGGAUUUUGUGGCCGUUUAAUUGCGAUACUUAAAUGGUUGCUAGUGAUUGUGGAUUGCGUUUAGUAUCACGAGAAAUUUUAGGAAUUCGUUUUUGAAUAUUCAGAUGUGACCCGAUUGAAAAGGAGGUCGAAGAAGCGAAUUGGUGAAGGAACACUUUCCGCAGCUGCAAUAAAGCCUUAAUAGAGGAACAAAGAAAAACUGGAAAACGGCCCGUUCCAGUCGGAAAAUUUAAUUACUUGACACAAAAGCCGUAUUUACAUGGGGAGAGACUGUAACAAUAGAAGGCGCGAGUGGUUUUUAUGUGUUAAUGUGUUUUGAAACGAUUCUGAGUGACAUAAAAGAUGGAAUAUUUUUUAAUGAAGCUUUUGUGGUGUUUUCUUUUCGUUGGUUUUGUGGAGGUGGUUUACUCAGCAGGGAAUAAUUUCAAAUGGGUACGAGUAAAUGUGCCACAAUACAGAGUGCCAGGUGAAACAGCCCAAUUGCAGUGCGAUUACGAUUUAGGCAAUGACACUCUAUAUUCUGUAAAGUGGUAUAAAGAGCACGAAGAAUUCUACAGAUAUGUGCCAAAAUUGCGGCCAGAAUCCAAUUCCUAUAAAGUUGAUGGAGUUCAUGUGGACAUGUCUAAGUCGGACAACAGAAAAGUGGUCCUUCACUCCGUCAACUGGAAGACGAGCGGAGUCUACAAAUGUGAAGUGUCGGCCGAGGCGCCAUCAUUCGCCAGUGCUCAAAGCGAGGCCAGGAUGGAAGUCGUAUCCCUUCCGGACGAGGAUCCGGUAAUCUCCGGCGUCGAGGAACAAUAUCAGAUCGGCGAUGAGAUCAACCUGAAUUGCACUUCAGGCCGCAGCCGACCAGCAUCAAUACUCCAUUGGUACAUUAACGAACAACAGAUCCAGAAACCUGAAGCUUUAAUUCCAUACCCGAUUGAGCAUCAUGCGAAGGGUUUGGUGAAGACAAACUUGGGUUUGAGGUUCAUAUUGACCAAUCGUCAUUUUUUGGGCGGCUCCAUGAAAGUGAAAUGUGUCGCUUCAGUGGCUCCAAUUUUAUUUAGUGAAGAUCGAGAGACGGUGGUUCAGAGUUUGCCGGUUGUGAAAGAUAUGAGAGAAGCACUAUUAUUAGUAAAAAGUUCAUCGAGUCGAAGCAAAGAAGAACUAACUGUGUGUCUGCUGGCUCUAAGCAUAAUAAAUGUUCUUGUAACUUGAGUAUCUCCGAUGGCGAACAAUUUUAACUUCAAAAGCUGAGUACUCUUUGUGUGAAUCCCCCUGAAAAGACUUUCACGUUUUAAGUAAAUACUUUUUGAACAAAUCCCUCUCUCUAGUUGAACAAUUUUAAAUAACGAACAAGAAUUGUAAAAAAUCAUUAGAACCAGAUGUUCAGUAAAGUGCUGGUAUUGUGAUGCUUAAUAUUUAUUAUUGAAAGUUGAAAACUGUAAAUGAGAAAACCUACCUCGGCCUUGAGUUAGAGUUAAAGCAGAACAUCUAUCGACUUGAAGAUGUGCACAUUUCUCAAUAGCUGCUGGUUUUUAUAAUUGUCGCUCACAACGUCGCUUGAAACAUAACUUCGAAAGGUUUAUCAUACAUUUUUCGGAAUCUCUCAACUACCAAAUAAUUUAUUUGCAACUGAUACUGGCACUAUAAAAGACAUAUUGCAACAAUUAUGAAACAUUAUAUUUUUGUAAAAAUAUAGUACCUAUGUUUUGUCAAUUGAAUAAUAUUUUCCCCUAUUUCAAAUUAUUUAUUAUCGACAAUCUAGACAAAUUCUUAUAAACAUUUUUUCAUAGACCAUUAAGCACUUACUAGUCUUUUAAGGUAGUUGAAAUCCUAAGUUAGUAAACAAAUAUUUUGAUAAUUAUUGAAUUGAUAAUUGAAUUAAAAUUUAGUCUCGUUGAAUGUAAAUAUUGAAUUUUUCUUAUGUGGUCAAUCAACAUUAAAUCCAGUAGGCCAUUGAAGAACUCUGAAUUUUUAAGAAUAUGUGAGAUGAAGGUAAAUUUACUUAUUAGUGGGAUAAUUCGAGCUCCUUAAAUUGUUUAUUGGAUCUCUACGUUUGGCCUACAAUGUAAAUAUAUACUGAAUCUGUAAGCUCUGAUGAUGAAAAGCGAUGUGAUAUGUUGAUUUUUAAAUCUAUAGCUAACGAAAUAUUAUUAGUUCUUUCUUGUAUGCUUUGCGAGCAAUUUCAACAAAGGUCUACAAUAUAUUUGUUAGAGAAACAUACACGUUUCUAAACCAAAUCAAUUUGAACUCUUAUAAAUGUAAUUUCCGUAUACACUGCGGUUAAUAUAUUGUAGAUCUUUAUUCUAUUAACACUCUGAAAUUUCCUAAUGUUAUCAAAUGUACACCUUCAAUUUAAAUUACAAAUUAUUUCUUCUCUUAGUUAAAUAUAUAGAUAUGUAAUCAUGCGGCUUCUCUAGCUUAAAUUGCACAUGUACAUAAAAUUAUCUAUAGAAAAUUGAAAUGUCAAUCGUCUUUAGUUAAAGGUAUAGAAUUAUAAUUUAGCUCUAAACCUAUUGGCGGGUUUUCCUUUAAAAUAAAAGUGUGAUGUGUAA